AUGGCCAAGAAGAAAAAAAGCGCCAACAAAAGCGCCGCGGCAACACCAACAGACGAUUCUGGUACUGUAGCCGCAUCACCUCAUCGAGGCAAGAAAUCUAAGGAUCGCAACGGAUCCUUGACGGCUCAAAUCGACCAGGCCGAAGCCACAGUGAUGCAAAACAAGUUGUCGACCCAGGUUCUACAUCAACAAUGGAGAAAGUAUCUACUGAUGCUUUCGUAUUUGCUAAUCGUUUUGACUUUUCAUCAAUCGCAAUCGCCCAUGGCAGCCUGUCUGCAAGAUAUCAAAGCCUGGAAUGGCGUACAAAAAAAGGAUGCUAAUUUGAUUCCAGGAAACGAGGCAAUGCUGAUCGUACUGAAGGAUUCGGCGGUGAAUUUGCUAGCUGUCGUCAUGGCUACGUUGCUUGCUUUUUUUCUUAAAGACGAAGAGUCGCACAGCGAUUUCUCAAAUUCUCGCUACAUUCUGGCCACACUCCUUAUGGUUCCCAUGAUUGGAAUUCAUCGGUAUCAAACUGCGCAGCACGGAACGAAUGGUUGCAUUGAUGAUCUCUUGGCCAAAGCCAAGCUGGAAAGCACCGUACGAAAGCGAGACUUUCCUGUUGUCCUCGUGUUUCACGUUAUCGUUACCCUUUGUUACGCGUUCAUGGACUGGCAAAUGGCUCAGCAUGCCAAAAGCAUCCUAUUGGUCACCAAGCUACGGACCGAUCUAGAAACGAGCACUUCCGCUGCAGCAGUGACGGGAACUGACGAUUCAAGAAAGACGAAAUAA